GAGGUGGACUCAUUUCAUUGGACGGUACUGAAAGAGUUCUGCAAGUGGUCAAAAACUGACCAUUGUUUUUGUAUCUUUCGAAUGCCGUCAACAAAUCACGACACAAAUACUGACAUCGCUUCGUUAUAUCUUCUAUUUCAUGACAUAUAACUCAUAAAACAACCCGUAUCCACUGAAAUGACCAUCUUGUCCAGCCUUAACAAUAUUUAAAGCGACCUCUGUUUUCUUACAGAAAACUCAAAGAAAGAUGGCGGAACAGGAAACUUACCAGCUGGCAUAUAUGAGGGAAGAUCUCGAGCGUGUAGCCGACUCUUCACGCGACCCAAAGAACGAUGACGGUAAAUUGAAGACAAUGUUUUGUUGCAGAUGUCGUCGUCAUCAGCCAAAACCUCCACGCGAUCCUACGCACCGCAUUCUAACGUUUACUGGCAUGGUAUGCUUAAUAUGUACUUUUAUUGUUAUCACUGUAGUACUUGUGGCCGUAUUGCUUUCUCAGCUCACAGAAGAAGAUAAACCUCUCAUCGGGACAUCAGACAUCAUUUCCAUCGUACCCAAACCCCAGGAUUUUAUCGACCGCAAACAAACUAUUCUUGUACAUCGUCAUAACAGCGCCUUCUGGAAACGUCAAGUAGCCCAAUUAAAACAGUUACUUAAGAAAUAUGAAGAAAUCUACACCAACUCAACAACUUGUCAGGGUGUGGAAGACCUAAAGAAUUGUCCUUCACUGGUCGAUUUAAUUAGUCCAAACUGUUCGGAAAAAAAUAAUUUCGCAUACGAUAUAGGUUCCCCGUGCGUAGCUCUGGUUUUCAAAGAAUUUCCGGAAUUGGUUCCCGAGCCUCUGAGCAACACAUCUGGCAUUCCCGAUGUAUUACCAAGCGUGUACGAUCCACGGUUGUUAUAUCUUACGUGUGAAAGUAAACACCUUACAAGUGACCAGCCAAUCCUCUUCUCUCCAUUUCAAGGAUUCCAGUUAAACGCGUUCCAUUCAAACCUCGAAUCUCCGCCGAUGGUCAUGUUGCAGUUUGUCAACCCACCAAUCAGAAGAGACAUUCGUGUAAUCUGUCGUUUGUGGGCUAAGAAUAUGAAGAAAAAUAAGCGGGAAGUAAUACCCUCAAAAAUACAGUUCAGUUUACUAAUCAUUUGAAGAAAUAAAAAGAAUAUACGUGGCUAAUAAACUAGAAAUGUAAAAAACACACACACACACUAAUAAAGUCAGGUUACUGUGUAAACAGUUAUAGUCAGAGUUCAAAUGUGAAUUCAUUAAAUUGUUUUUGAAACUCUUGUAAUAUAACCUCUCGUGUAUCUCUGGGCUUGUACAAUACACAAAAUAUGAAAACAUUUGAUAUUUCCAGUGCAUUUUUAAAGUCUUCUUUAUUAUCGCUUUUGCUUGAAAAAAACUUAUAAAAUAGCACAGUUUUGUAAGUGAAGUUUAUUUAUAAGUGUUUAGUGUUAGGCUUACUGUACUGAGUGUUAUGAUGUAAAACUCAUAUAUAAUCAACGAACACCAUCUCUUUCGAACUUCUCAACAUUUUGUUUUAAAGCCAUCUUGUGUUUACAAUAAAGUGCUUUGUCCAAAAAAAACAAGAUUUCACUCACGUCAUUAGAAAG